UAGAAACGACAGGAAACCGUAUCAAGGUUAGAACAACUUUGUGACUUCUUGUGUAAGGUUCUUGGUGAAUUACUUCAGCACAUCUGCAGGUCAGGGUCAACUCUGCUUAAGAUGGUCAAAUGUGGCAAAGGAGACAUUGGUCACCAGCGAAUGAACUUCCUGUACCAGGCGGCCCACUGCAGCCUGGCACAGAACCCUGGGAACACCCAGCUGGCCAGGUUCUACAUAGAAACCAUGAAGAACGUAGCGGCAAAGCUCGUGCUGCGACUCGCACCUCACAUCAAGCGCACGAUAUGCAAAAAGUGCAGCGCCCUGUUGGUCCCAGGAGUUACAGCUACGGUCAGGGUCAAGGGUCGACGGCAGAAGCACGUCGUGGUCAGGUGUAUGGACUGUAAGCAGGUGAAGAGGUUUAACACAGAUGAAAAGCAUGUCCUGUGGGUGCAUAAACCAGAAGCUGUUCAAUGAAAGAGCUGACAAACUUUGACUAGACAAAGUAGUGACUUGAGGACCUGUCUGCACUCGUUCAACAAGACUAAAGGCUCAUUCAGACACGACGUAAACCACCGCAAAAAAAACGCCAGAAUUUGUUUAACAUGUAAAUGAAUGGCAACUGUGGCAACAAAGGUCCUGGGCAUAUUCACUAAGCUUUGUGUAUUACAUAAAUGUACACUUCACAUCAUUGAUAAAAUUGUCUUAGUUUUGUCACUUUAUAUCUGACCGAGGCUUACCAACUCCCUUAGCCUGCGUACCUCAAAUUUAUAAUGAUUGAGAUAUUUGGAAGAAGUGGCAGAGAAAUGUAUGCCAAAGUCCAUUUUCUUAAUGUUUUUUCACAGUGUAUUGUUCUGUAUAUUCAGUUUAGUUAAUAUCAGAGAGCUGUAAUUUCCCCUCCCCCCCCCCCCCCCCCCAGCAAAACGAUUGUUAUAAAAACAAAUUAAAAUGUAAUAAUGAUAAUGAAUAAAAGAAGAAAAAAAGGAGGUGUCACUUUUGAUAGCAGAAUAAGGGGAAGAUAAAAAAAGGGCAAAAACAGAAAGGGUUGUUAAUACCUUACUUUAGGAAAAUAUGUGGGUAAAGCACAUUUGCCCCCCCCCCCCCCUGAUAAAAAAUAAAUUAAAAUUAAAAAAAUUGAAAAAGAAAGAAAUAGAGGACAGAAACAGAAAGGGGCAUUAAAAGAUAAAGGGUGGGAAGUCAAUGUGAAAAGAAGGUAAUAUGCAACACCACCUCUCCCCCCCCCCCCUUAAAAAAAUAAAAAAUAAUGAAUUAAGAAUAGCUUUUCAUACUCUAUGGAUUUGUUUUUCUUUUUUUCUUCUCCAUUUUAUCUACCUAAUAUUGGUGGUGAUUGUCCUUAACAUUUUGUUAAGUACGGAGUACCCAUUUUUUCUAUGCAUUUUUUCAAAAGCAAAAUUCAUAUGUACAUCAUGUAUGCAUGGAUGGUCAGAAAUUGUCAGAAUGAAUUUACAUAUUCUAUUUGAUGUAUUAAAAUAAGAUCUGGAAUGUACAUACUGUAUAUCAAUGAAAAA